GAGAAAAAAUGGAGUAGGUAUACCGGGAGUGCAGCCGAAAUGGACCUUCUUAUCGAUGCUGUGGCGACGCUGGCGUCGUAUCGAUCGAGUUGGCGCGAUGACGAUGGAGGAUAUCCAGCUGGAUUCCGGUGCUCGAUGCUGCCCUAUCGAUCGGUUGAUCAGUGUCGCGCGUGUAGCCAAGAGGUCGGGUGUUUCGUCAGUAGUAGUGACUGUGCGGCGGCGGCAGACCGCGCAUUGCGAGAGUCGCAGUCGAUAGUCGAGCGAAGUUGUACGUGGAUACUGCUGGUACGCGGGGAGAGAACGGUUCGAGUUUCCGACGAAGCGGAAGAGCGCCUCGACUUGCACGGGACGUGCGUGAUCACUCGUGGAGACGAGCGUCGUACCGUUCGGUGCAGUUUCCGUUCGGCGUCCGUACUGUUCGUCAACACGCUGCUAUGUAGCGCCGGUUUGUAAAUGAAGCAGCGGCGGCGUAUAGCGCGCUCGCGUGCCGAGGGGAGGAGAAGAGCGCCGUCCGCUGUAACCGCGGCGGCGGCGGUAGCAGCGGUGGCGGCCGCGGGGGCGAUGGGAAUGGCGCGCAAAUGCUGCGUGCGUAGCUGCGAGGCGGACGUGCGGGAGGCGCGCGCUAAAGGACUGCCUCUUCACAAGUUCCCCAAGGACGCCGUAUUGAAGGACAGGUGGUUGGCCAGUGGUGGAUUCGAGAAGAGCUUCAAGCCGACGCCGGGCCAGGUAGUUUGCCAUCGGCAUUUCAAACGCGCCGAUUACGAAGCCGCUGCGCGAGGCCACAAGUUCCUGCUGAAGCGAGGCAGCGUUCCCUCGGUCUUUGCGGAUUAUGACAAUCAUCCAGAUCCUGUAAUUAUAUCAGUAAAGUCAUCAACAUCAUAUGCGCAAGAAGAUUUGGAUCUGAUCAAUUCAGAAAUAUUAAAUCUGGAACAUUCUGUCUCACCGUUAUUAUCUGAAGCAAGAACACCUAAAUCUGACAGUUGUGGCGAGCAAUGUUACUCCAGGCCUGAAUCUUCUACUGAUUCGUUAAAUCCUCCAGAUAAUUCAGAAUUAAUAGAUACUGGAUACAAAAUGACAACUCUAAAGGAAGAAACUGUGACAAUGAUGAAAGACAAGUCGAUGGAGAAUUCAGAUAGUAAAGUGAAUACAGUAGCUAUGCAACUUGGUAUUGUUGAACCAGGAAUAAUAAAAACUGUUGCCAAAGAUUUAAUGAUAAAGGAGGAAUUAAAAGACAUUAAAUUAUCUGAUGACAAAGAAUUUGACAAAACAGAAGAAAUAAAACCAAAAGUUUUAAACAAAGAUGGAUUAAAGUUUUAUCCUGGUGCUAAAUUAGAAGCUAAAGAUUUUAGUGAAAAGUGGUAUUCUGCAAAAGUGGUAGAAACAGACUGGGAUGAGAGGGAAGUUCUAAUACAUUUUGACAAAUGGAAUUCAAGGUUCGAUGAGUGGAUACCAAUGGAUAGUUCCAGGCUUCGUGUAUUACAAACUCCACCAAACGAACAAACUUGGAUCCUGCCAUCUCCGGAAACAAAAGUGAGGGACUUUUCAGUGGGAGAAAGGAUACUCGCUACGUGGGCGGACGGUAGAAAAUAUCCAGCCAAAGUGAAUGCGGUCUUAAGUAAUGAUAGAUACGAUGUAUUGUUCGAUGAUGGAUACGGGAAGAUCGUUAAAUCGUCAAAAAUGACCAAAAUCGCCGCAACCCCGACUAAGCAAUUGAGUGAAUUGGAAGGAUAUAUCGGUAGUAAACAAGAAAGGAGAGACAAGAAAAGAAAACAUACAAUUAUGGAGUUGUUUCAUACUAACUCUAGAAAACGUAUAAAAACUGACUCUGAUAAAACGCCAAAGAAAGUGGAAACUGUUGUUAAGGAAAGUGGAGAAAGCAGUUUAGAAACCAAAAUUGAAUUGGAUGGUACAAUGUACGGUCCUUGUUUUGAGCCUGACACAAAUUUGUUAAAGGGGUUUGAUACCAACAUCGCAAAGAUCAAAUCAUAUUCGAAGAAAAGCAAGAAAGAGUUGCCCAAAAUUGAUACAGAUCAUGAAGAAGAUGUUGGUCCUGAGUGGAUUGAUGGAGAACCACAAGGGACAGAAUCUUAUAUUGUAGAUGGUAAUGAUGGACCACGUCGAUCUAUAAUAAUAUCAGAUAAAAGAUUGCCACCUGGGUGGGAAAAACAUUUUACACAAAGGAAAGCUGGUACAUCAGCAGGAAAGUGGGAUGUGCUGUUUAUACACAAGCAGACUGGAAAGAAAUUCAGAUCUAGAAACGAUAUCAGAGUGUUCAUGGAAAACCAAGGACAGUUGGAUUUUGAUCCUGAAAAAUUCGAUUUCUGCAUACAUCGUAAGAAACGGAACGUGCAUCGUAUUAAACAAGAGAUUACACCGGAAGUACCGAAAAAGAUAAAAACCUUAUUGCCCAAAACGAAAGCAUUAGCCACACCUGAGAGUACAUCUCUUAUUGCGAGUACUCCCGAUAUUCCACCUACUGCCUCGACGCCUACUACAUCUGCUACAGAUAGUGAGAUGAACUAUUCAGUUUUUAUUGGUGGACUUCGUGUGGAAAUGGAAGACAGUGCUUAUAAAUGUCCUAAGGAAGGAUGUAAUAAGAAUUUCCGAAAAGAAAAUUUAUUGCAAAUGCAUAUUAAGCAUUAUCAUCCUGAAUAUUCUAAGUUUUUGGGAUCUACUCCAAAAGUCGAAGACUUGGCUUAUGCAAGAACAAUCGGAGAAUCUAUAGAAGACAUUAUUCCGAAGAAAUCGACGCCAUUCUUAGAAAAAAUCAAUAAAAUCGGAAAGAAGAAAUCUCUUCCAGAUAAACUAUCUUCCAAUUUAUUGCAACCAGUAUUAAAUCCUGUGCAACCUACAUCUCCUUCAAUAUCAGCUCCAUUAAUAUCUGAAUUAGAGGAGGAAAUAGAUCAAUCGGAAAAAUGUAGUGACUUGCAGAAGGACGAUGUAAAGAUUGAAACAAUGUCUCCCAUGUCUAAUCACAGUAUGGAAAUAGACGAUGACAUUGAGAAGAAAAGAGAAAAUGCUUGCGCCAUGUCUCCUACUACAUUAUUCGAUAUGAAAGUUAAAGAAGAGAAAACGCAAGUUGGAAUUAAGACAUUAUUACCUGUGAGACCAUCCACAACAUCCGAGUCGCAAAAAAUCGAUAAGACGAAACCUGUGGAUGAGAUAAUGCACAUUGAACGUACAAAAAAUUCAAAGAAAAGGCAAUCCGAAUAUAGCAUGCACUUACCUGCUAAAGGAAAAAAACGACAUGAUCUCAUCGAUAGUUUCGGCGAUUUAGAUGACAGCGCUCUGGAUGUUGAUGGACCGACAGCACUCAUGUAUAGAUAUAGUCGUAGAAAAUCCGAUUCCAAAAGUGAUGAAAAUAGUCAAAAUAGUCAACUAAAUGAUUCUCGCAUUGAAAAAGGCGAUCCCUUAAAAGGGGAUACUAGCAAAACUGAUAUUAAUAAUGAUGCAGAAGAGAGUGAAGGAGUAAUGAUGAUGAUCAAUGGUGAAAUGGUAAAAGUGGAACAACUUCGAAGGGAAGAAAUAAUAAAUUGUACAUGUGGUUUUAUGGAAGAGGACGGUCUAAUGAUACAGUGCGAUCUCUGUCUUUGCUGGCAACACGGUCACUGUAAUGCGAUUGAAAGAGAGAAAGAUGUACCUGAAAAAUAUAUCUGUUAUAUAUGUCAACAUCCGUAUCGGCAAAGAUCAUCGAGAAAGUAUUUUCAUGAUCAGGACUGGAUUAAGGAAGGAAAAUUGCCAAGCUUGCCCAAUCGUACUCGGGAUCAGUAUAUGAUAAAUCAAAGAACCGCGAUGUUGAAACGGUCGUAUGAUUUAGUUGGUGCACUCUUGCAAAUACAACAAAUUCUUCAUAGUUUGCGCGUGAAGAUCAAUGUUGCUCAGCAGAAGGACCACCCCAAAUUAUAUCUUUGGGCUAAGAAUUGGGAGAAGACGAAUAUACCAAAAGUAGAUUUUGAACCGGUACCAGUAAUGGAAAUAACGAAAUCAGGAGUGGAUUUUAUCGACACAGGUGUUGAGAAUUUGCGACGUAUUGAGCCAAAGACAGAAAUUAAAUUACCUUUGAAAGAUGAUCAAGACGAGAAGUCAAUCGCCUCCGAUUCGGAAUUAAUGAAAAUACUGGAAGAGGAUAGCACACAUUCUGACGAGUCCAGAGUCACCGGUAAAAGAGAAGGCUUAAUUAAUUCAAAGGAUAGUCAUAUACUUUUGGAUGCAUUGACAAAUAGCAACUCCGACAUGAAACAAAGGAAUGUUGAUGCAGAUAUUAAAACGGAGAAUAUAGGUUUGCUUGCUGAGAAAAAUAUGAUGAAUAAUUCUAUAUCAGAAAAUCUAAGUUCAAACUCGCUCAUUAAUGAUGACCAACCAGAGUCUAAUAUAGUUCAAGUUGAGGACGAAGUCACCGCACCUUUACAACCUUUCAUACCGGAACCCGAAGCACCAAUCGAUCCAGCAGAGUGUCGAAUGAGAUUAUUAGAACACAUCGAACAUUUUCAGAAUCACAUCGAAUCGAGAUUGUCGUCUAUAGAUGCGCAAGUUUGCGCUCUGGAGGCUAUGGAUAUGGAAGAACUUGAAGAACUUCCGAAUCCACAUAUGCAGUCACGUCUUAAGCAAACUGUGCAGAUGUUAUUACGUGAUUUAAAUACAGUCCGGAAAUUGGCAGCGUUAUGUUAAAACAGAAUAAAUUAUUACACCUAUCAAAUUUGGAAUAUUCAAACAUGUAUAUAAGAUAUAUAUAUAUAUAAAAUGUGUGUGUG